AUGCCAUACGUCGGUGCAGAGACGGCGUGUUGCAUGUUCAGCGUGGGGAAGCGCAAGGAGUUGCAGGGAACGAGCCGUAAUUAUGGCGGCCCUACCCAUGGCGGCUGGGAGAAGAAGACUUUCAGUGAGACGGUGAGUGAUCUCCUGCCCCUGAAGAACCCCUUUUUUUACGACUUCUCAUCCGAGAGAUUCACGCCUACCGAGUGGAGCAGAACGACGUGGACUACUCAACUACUCAGUAGGAGUCGAGGGUCUAAAUUCUCGACUCGUCAACGAGGGGAGUAUGCUGUACUGAAGAAGUUCGACUCGCAGCUCUUCAGGCAUGUAUGCCAGACUGGGGUCGAUUUUCACCGUCGCAGCAGCGAGACUGCCGACAUGGCCGAUGUUGGGUGCCCGACUCUGGAUGCCCAAGAGCCCACAGGCUUAACUGCUCGAGACGCGAUUGAUACACUCAAGGGACUCGAAGCCCAUAAGAACACGGAUUCCAAGAAACAUGGAAGACUGUACACUCCAGCCAGUGUCACCGUCCUGUCCGUCUUGUCGGGUCUGGGUGGUGUGGACGACCUGCCAGUGCGAGCUAUCAAACGGUGGACGAAAUGGGCAGUUUGGCACCGGCCGGAUGCUAUGAUCGUCCAGUUUCGUGGCGGGGACAACCUGAAUGUUGGAUCGAGAUCCAUCGGAGAGUUCGUCCACACUUAUUCACAGCUCGAAUACCUUGCCUGUAGUGAUACGAGACGUAAAGAUGAAAUCACACUGAGACAGUUACUCGAUGAUUUUGGCCGAACCCCGGAUUAUGGAACACAUGGAGUGUCCAAGGCCAGUAAUUACAUGAUACUAUUUGCCUACGAAGUGUGGAGGACUGCUCAGCACUAUACCAUGCCGAUGCCUGGACCACUGGUCUGUCCUGCCAAGAUGAGCUCCGAAUUGCGGGCUCCGGAACAUUUUCACGCAGAACAAAGGCCUACGGAGUACAGCUUGAAGAUUCAUCAUCCAGGACAUAUCAGGACAUAUCUUUAG